AUGUAUCUCCUCGACCAGUACCGUGGCACGUGUCUCUCCUGCCGUUAUACCAUACCGACGCAUCUCGCACCAGCCGAUUCGCGAGCCCGUCUGCAGGAGGCGUUCAAGGGCGCUCUCGUGGACACCAUCAUGAGGCAUCCCGCGCUGCAAGUCGGCAUGGAGGAUGUCAAUGCCAAGGUCCCCUCAUGGAUCCAGCUCCAGAGCCUCGACUUGGCGCAACAUAUAACAUGGGUCAGCAUCGACGCGCACGACGACUUUGAGCAGACAGUGCAGCAGACCAUCUGCACCCAGCUCGACGACCGCUUCCCGGAUCCUGAAAUCAAGCUACCCAAUUGGAAGGUCACCAUACUGCGGCAAGAAGAUGAUCCAGCCAUGGAGGUACUCCUCACCUGGAACCAUCCCCAAUUCGACGGUGCUGGUGCCAGGGUGAUCCACGAAGAUCUUCUCCGGCUUCUCAAUGCCCAGGAUGGAGCACCCGUCGAGCGGACGAGCCUGGAUGGCGACAUCUUGACGCUACCUUCUACUCCCCUUUUGCUCCCAGCUCCACUCGAGGUUGUGAAGAGUAUGCCAGUAGAUAUCAAGUUCCUCGCCAAGGCAUUCUGGGAGGACAUUCAGCCACAGUUCCUGAACCGGGAUAUCUCGCUCGCCACCUGGUGCCCGAUACGCUCGACCCCAUACAAGACCCAGUAUCGGGCCUUUUUCGUGGACAGAACAGCUCUGGGUGCGAUUCUCGCCCUCUGCCGACAGCAUAAAACCACCAUCACCGGGCUGAUCAACGGGCUGGCACUCAUCGCCUUCUCCUCUCGCCUCGACAGCAACGUCGCUCAGGCCUUUCAGAGCUCUACGUGUAUCGACCACCGCCGCAACAUGCCUCCGCCCCCGCCAGAAGCUUCCUGGGGUACGUCUGACAGAGCAGUGGGCAACUAUGUGACGCAGCUGCCUCACGUAUACGACACCAACCUUGUGGCGCUCAUUCGCUCCAUGCUGCCUGCUGAUGCCGCCAGUACGGGAGGGCUGGACUUGUCUGCGGACCUACAACGCGAGCUCUGGGCCGUGUCGGCACAGAACCGGUUGGAGAUCGUGCAGAAGCUGGAAGACGGCCUGCGGAACGACAUCGUGGGGCUGUUCAAGUACGUCGGCGACUGGAAGCAGACGAUGCGCGGCAUGGCCAAGAAGAAGCGGCAGUUCACGUGGCUGGUGACCAACAUCGGCGUGCUGGACGGCGGCGGCGGCAAGUCCGGGGAUGCAGACCGUAGCCAGAGGUGGUCGAUCGAGCGGGCGCAGUUUGGCCUGAGCGCCGAGAUCCCUGCCGCCGCCAUCGAGUUCGCGCCGGUCAGCGUCGCCGGCGGAGCAAUGUGUGUCGGUGCACAGUGGCCGGACUGUGCUGUGGAUGUGACGUUCGGGGACGCGAUCAUGGCCGACCUGGAGAGGUGGCUAGGCCAGCUUGCCCGAGAAGCAUGA